AGGACCGGCAGGCGUGCGGGCUGCUGGGUGGGAACGUUGUCGGUCCUGGGCCCCCGGAGGGAGGUGAGGCCCAGCAGCCCCUGCUGCACCAUCUGAGCACCUCGCCUGGGUGCUGUCUUGUGCCCCCCGGAGAGACAGGUUCUCCCGCCUCUCCCCCCCAACCAUGGAUCACUCCUCGUUCAGCGGUGCACCCCGCUUCCUAACCCGGCCCAAGGCCUUCGUGGUAUCGGUGGGCAAAGAUGCCACGCUGAGCUGCCAGAUCGUGGGCAACCCCACGCCGCAAGUGAGCUGGGAGAAAGACCGGCAGCUGGUGAAAGCGGGUGGUCGAUUCCGCCUGGCCCAGGACGGCGACCUGUACCGCCUGACCAUCCUGGACCUGGCGCUGGGCGACAGUGGGCAGUACGUGUGCCGUGCGCGCAACGCCAUCGGCGAGGCCUUCGCGGCGGUGGGCCUGCAGGUGGACGCCGACGCCGCGUGCGCCGAGCAGGCGCCUCACUUCCUGCUGCGGCCCACCUCCAUCCGCGUGCGCGAGGGCGCCGAGGCCACCUUCCGCUGCCGCGUGCGCGGUUCGCCGCCCAUGUCGGUGAGCUGGGCCAAGGACGGGCGGCGCCUGGGUGUGCUGGACGCCCCCCGAGUGCGAGUGGAGGAGAGCGGCGAGGCGAGCGCUCUGCGCAUCCAGGCUGCACAGCCGAGAGACAGCGGCACCUAUACGGUGCACGCGGAGAACCCGCUGGGGGCCGCCAGCGCCGCCGCCGGGCUGACGGUGGACGCGGAGGCGGAGGCAGCCAGCCCGCCGGGGGCCUCCACCGCCAUGCUCCUGGCGCACCUGCAGCGGCGGCGCGAGGCCAUGCGCGCCGGGGGCGCCCCGGCCUCGCCGCCGAGCGCCGGCACGCGCACCUGCACGGUGACAGAGGGCAAACACGCGCGCCUCAGCUGCUUCGUGACGGGCGAGCCCAAGCCUGAGAUCGUGUGGAAGAAGGAUGGACAGCUGGUGGUGGAGGGCCGGCGGCACGUGGUGUACGAGGACGAGCAGGAGAACUUCGUGCUGAAGAUCCUCUUCUGCAAGCAGUCAGACUGUGGCCUCUACACCUGCACGGCGUCCAACCUUGUGGGCCAGACCUACAGCUCGGUGCUGGUCGUCGUGAGAGAGCCCACAGUGCCCUUCAAAAAGCGCCUGCAGGACCUGGAGGUGCCAGAGAAGGCAUCAGCCACGUUCCAGUGUGAGGUGCCAGUGCCAGCCAUGGAGUCUGCCUGGUAUAAGGAGGAAACGCGGCUGUGGGCCAGUGCCAAGUACCUCAUCGAGGAGGCGGGCACUGAGCGCCGGCUGACCGUGCUCAAUGUCUCCUCUGACGAUGACGCCGUGUACAUCUGUGAGACGGCAGAGGGCAGUCGCACGGUGGCUGAGCUGGCAGUGCAAGGCAACCUCCUUCGGAAGCUCCCGAGGAAGACAGCCGUGCGAGUGGGAGACACGGCCAUGUUCUGUGUGGAGCUGGCCAAGCCGGAGGGCCCCGUUCAGUGGCUGUGGAACCGGAAGGUGGUGGUGGCUGGGGGCCGGGUGGCCAUCACUGCUGAGGGCACGUGCCACACGCUGACCAUCUCCCAGUGCAGCCUGGAGGAUGUGGGUGAGGUGGCCUUUGUGGCUGGGGACUGCCGGACGUCUACCCAGUUUUGCGUGUCAGCCCCCAGGAGGCCGCCCCUGCAUGCUCCUGAAGCCCCCGUGGUGAAGGCCCGGACAGAGAGCUCCGUGACUCUUGGCUGGUCCCCGCCACCCCCCGGGGACCGCCCUGCUGCCAUCGAGGGCUACCUGGUGGAGAGGAAGAGGCUGGGCGCCUACGCCUGGAGCCGGUGCCAUGAAGAUGAGUGGGUGACCACGCCUGAGCUGACUGUGGCUGGCGUGGCCGAGGAGGGGGAGUUCCAGUUCAGGGUGUCAGCUGUGAACAGCUGUGGCCAGAGCCCCUACCUCGAGUUCCCAGGAACUGUACAUCUGGCUCCCCAGCUGGCUGUGAAAACACCUCUGAAGGCAGUGGAGGCAGUGGAAGGCGGCGAGGUGACCUUCUCUGUGGACCUCACUACGGCCUCCUCAGGGGAGUGGUUCCUGGACGGGCGGGUCUUGAAGGCCAGCAGCGUGUAUGUCAUACAGCGGGAUGGCACCCGCCACACCCUCACCAUCCGCUCGGUGCCUGUCAGCCUGCACGGGGCGGAGCUCAAGUUCGUGGCCAACGGCAUCGAGAGCAGCAUCCGCAUGGAGGUCCGAGCGGCCCUGGAGCUGACGGCCAAGCGUCCGGCACCAGCAGCGGCCGCUCGGGAGGUGCUGGCCCGGCUGCAUGAGGAGGCCCAGCUCCUGGCCGAGCUGUCGGACCAGGCGGCAGCCGUGACGUGGCUCAAGGACGGACACACGCUGUCUCCCGGCCCCAAGUAUGAGGUGCAGGCUUCAGCUGGGCAGCGGGCGCUGCUCGUGCGGGACGUGAAGCGAGAAGACGCGGGCCUGUACGAGUGCGUCAGCCGCGGGGGCCGCAUUGCCUACCAGCUGUUGGUGCAAGAGUCCUCUGCAGUGUUUAUCAAGGGGCAGCCAAUGCAUAAGGAGGUAAAGGCCGUGGCGGGAACCAGUGCCACGCUGAGCUGCGAGGUGGCCCAGGCCCAGACAGAGGUGACCUGGUACAAGGACGGGAAGAAGCUGAGUUCGAGCUCGAAAGUGCACUUGGAGGCCAAGGGCUGCACCAGGCGGCUGGUGGUGCAACAGGCGGGCAAGGCGGACGCCGGGGAGUACAGCUGCGAGGCCGGGGGCCAGAAGGUCUCCUUCCACCUGGACGUCACAGAGCCCUCGGUGGUGUUCGCCAAGGAGCAGCCGGCACGCAGUGAAGUGCAGGCUGUGGCGGGAACCAGUGCCACGCUGAGCUGCGAGGUGGCCCAGGCCCAGACGGAGGUGACAUGGUACAAGGACGGGAAAAAGCUGAGUUCGAGCUCGAAAGUGCGUGUGGAAGCCAAGGGCUGCACCAGGCGGCUGGUGGUGCAGCAGGCGGGCAAGGCGGACACUGGGGAGUACAGCUGCGAGGCCGGGGGCCAGAAGGUCUCCUUCAGCCUGGACGUCACAGAGCCCUCGGUGGUGUUCGCCAAGGAGCAGCCGGCACGCAGUGAAGUGCAGGCCGUGGCGGGGGCGAGUGCCACGCUGAGCUGCGAGGUGGCCCAGGCCCAGACGGAGGUGACGUGGUACAAGGAUGGCAAGAAGCUGAGUUCGAGCUCGAAAGUGCGUGUGGAGGCCACGGGCCGCGGGCGGCGGCUGGUGGUGCAGCAGGCGGGCAAGGCGGACGCCGGGGAGUACAGCUGCGAGGCCGGGGGCCAGAAGGUCUCCUUCCGCCUGGACGUCACAGAGCCCUCGGUGGUGUUUGCCAAGGAGCAGCUGGCACGCAGUGAAGUGCAGGCCGUGGCGGGGGCAAGUGCCACGCUGAGCUGCGAGGUGGCCCAGGCCCAGACGGAGGUGACGUGGUACAAGGACGGGAAGAAGCUGAGUUCGAGCUCGAAAGUGCGGUUGGAGGCCAAGGGCUGCACCCGGAAGCUGGUGGUGCAGCAGGCGGGCAAGGCGGACACUGGGGAGUACAGCUGCGAGGCCGGGGGCCAGAAGGUCUCCUUCCACCUGGACGUCACAGAGCCCUCAGUGGUGUUCACUAAGGAGCAGCCGGCACGCAGUGAAGUGCAGGCCGUGGCGGGGGCGAGUGCCACGCUGAGCUGCGAGGUGGCCCAGGCCCAGACGGAGGUGACGUGGUACAAGGACGGGAAGAAGCUGAGUUCGAGCUCGAAAGUGCGUGUGGAGGCCAAGGGCUGCACCCGGAAGCUGGUGGUGCAGCAGGCGGGCAAGGCGGAUGCCGGGGAGUACAGCUGCGAGGCCGGGGGCCAGAAGGUCUCCUUCCACCUGGAUGUCACAGAGCCCUCAGUGGUGUUUGCUAAGGAGCAGCCGGCACGCAGUGAAGUGCAGGCCGUAGCGGGAACCAGUGCCACGCUGAGCUGCGAGGUGGCCCAGGCCCAGACGGAGGUGACCUGGUACAAGGACGGGAAGAAGCUGAGUUCCAGCUCGAAAGUGCGUGUGGAAGCCAAGGGCUGCACCAGGCGGCUGGUGGUGCAACAGGCGGGCAAGGCGGACGCCGGGGAGUACAGCUGCGAGGCCGGGGGCCAGAAGGUCUCCUUCCGCCUGGACGUCACAGAGCCCUCAGUGGUGUUCGCCAAGGAGCAGCCGGCACGCAGUGAAGUGCAGGCCGUGGCGGGGGCGAGUGCCACGCUGAGCUGCGAGGUGGCCCAGGCCCAGAUGGAGGUGACGUGGUACAAGGACGGCAAGAAGCUGAGUUCGAGCUCGAAAGUGCGUGUGGAGGCCACGGGCCGCGGGCGGCGGCUGGUGGUGCAGCAGACGGGCAAGGCGGACGCCGGGGAGUACAGCUGCGAGGCCGGGGGCCAGAAGGUCUCCUUCCACCUGGAUGUCACAGAGCCCCCGGUGGUGUUCGCCAAGGAGCAGCCAGCACGCAGUGAAGUGCAGGCCGUGGCGGGGGCGAGUGCCACGCUGAGCUGCGAGGUGGCCCAGGCCCAGAUGGAGGUGACGUGGUACAAGGACGGCAAGAAGCUGAGUUCGAGCUCGAAAGUGCGUGUGGAGGCCACGGGCCGCGGGCGGCGGCUGGUGGUGCAGCAGGCGGGCAAGGCGGACGCCGGGGAGUACAGCUGCGAGGCCGGGGGCCAGAAGGUCUCCUUCCACCUGGACGUCACAGAGCCCCCGGUGGUGUUCGCCAAGGAGCAGCCGGCACGCAGUGAAGUGCAGGCCGUGGCGGGGGCGAGUGCCACGCUGAGCUGCGAGGUGGCCCAGGCCCAGACGGAGGUGACGUGGUACAAGGACGGCAAGAAGCUGAGUUCGAGCUCGAAAGUGCGUGUGGAGGCCACGGGCCGCGGGCGGCGGCUGGUGGUGCAGCAGGCGGGCAAGGCGGACGCCGGGGAGUACAGCUGCGAGGCCGGGGGCCAGAAGGUGUCCUUCCACCUGGACGUCACAGAGCCCCCGGUGGUGUUCGCCAAGGAGCAGCCGGCACGCAGUGAAGUGCAGGCCGUGGCAGGGGCGAGUGCCACACUGAGCUGCGAGGUGGCCCAGGCCCAGACGGAGGUGACGUGGUACAAGGACGGCAAGAAGCUGAGUUCGAGCUCAAAAGUGCGCGUGGAGGCCACAGGCCGCGGGCGGCGGCUGGUGGUGCAGCAGGCGGGCAAGGCGGACGCCGGGGAGUACAGCUGCGAGGCCGGGGGCCAGAAGGUGUCCUUCCACCUGGACGUCACAGAACCCUCAGUGGUGUUCGCCAAGGAGCAGCCGGCACGCAGUGAAGUGCAGGCCGUGGCGGGGGCGAGUGCCACGCUGAGCUGCGAGGUGGCCCAGGCCCAGACGGAGGUGACGUGGUACAAGGAUGGGAAGAAGCUGAGUUCGAGCUCGAAAGUGCAUGUGGAGGCCAUGGGCCGCGGGCGGCGGCUGGUGGUGCAGCAGGCGGGCAAGGCGGACGCUGGGGAGUACAGCUGCGAGGCCGGGGGCCAGAAGGUGUCCUUCCACCUGGACGUCACAGAGCCCUCGGUGGUGUUCGCUAAGGAGCAGCCGGCACGCAGUGAAGUGCAGGCCGUGGCGGGGGCGAGUGCCACACUGAGCUGCGAAGUGGCCCAGGCCCAGACGGAGGUGACAUGGUACAAGGACGGCAAGAAGCUGAGUUCGAGCUCGAAAGUGCGUGUGGAGGCCACGGGCCGCGGGCGGCGGCUGGUGGUGCAGCAGGCGGGCAAGGCGGACGCCGGGGAGUACAGCUGCGAGGCCGGGGGCCAGAAGGUCUCCUUCCGCCUGGACGUCACAGAGCCCUCGGUGGUGUUCGCCAAGGAGCAGCCGGCACGCAGUGAAGUGCAGGCCGUGGCGGGGGCGAGUGCCACGCUGAGCUGCGAGGUGGCCCAGGCCCAGACGGAGGUGACGUGGUACAAGGACGGCAAGAAGCUGAGUUCGAGCUCGAAAGUGCGUGUGGAGGCCACAGGCUGCGGGCGGCGGCUGGUGGUGCAGCAGGCGGGCAAGGUGGAUGCCGGGGAGUACAGCUGCGAGGCCGGGGGCCAGAAGGUGUCCUUCCACCUGGACGUCACAGAGCCCUCGGUGGUGUUCGCCAAGGAGCAGCCGGCACGCAGUGAAGUGCAGACCAUGGCGGGGGCGUGUGCCACGCUGAGCUGCGAGGUGGCCCAGGCCCAGACGGAGGUGACCUGGUACAAGGACGGGAAGAAGCUGAGUUCAAGCUCGAAAAUGCGUGUGGAAGCCAAGGGCUGCACCCGGCAGCUGGUGGUGCAGCAGGCGGGCAAGGCGGACGCCGGGGAGUACAGCUGCGAGGCCGGGGGCCAGAAGGUCUCCUUCCGCCUGGACGUCACAGAGCCUAUGGUGGUGUUUGCCAAGGAGCAGCCGGCACACAGUGAAGUGCAGGCCAAGGCGGGAGCACGCACCACACUGAGCUGUGAGGUGGCCCAGGCCCCGACGGAGGUGACCUGGUACAAGGAUGGGAAGAGGCUGAGUUCGAGCUCGAAAGUGCUUGUAGAAGCCAAGGGCUGCACCCGGCAGCUGGUGGUGCAGCAGGCGGGCAAGGCGGACGCCGGGGAGUACAGCUGCGAGGCCGGGGGCCAGAAGGUCUCCUUCCACCUGGAUGUCACAGAGCCAGAGUUUGAGCCCCCCGCCCCAGAGAAACCCAGGCGCAGGGAACCACUGGUGGUCAGGGAACACGAGGACAUCGUCCUGACAGCCACUCUGGCCACGCCGUCUGUGGCCGCGGUGACGUGGUUCAAAGAUGGUGUGGAGAUUCGCCGCAGCAAGCGGCAUGAGAUGGCCAGCCUGGGGGACACCCACACCCUGACCAUUCGUGGGGCACAGACCCUGGACAGCGCUGUCUACAGCUGCCGCGUGGGCGCAGAGGGGCAGGACUUCCCGGUGCAGGUGGAAGAGGUGGCUGCCAAGUUUUGCCGCCCCCUGGAGCCCGUGAGUGGGGAUCUGGGCGGCACGGUGACGCUGGUCUGUGAGCUGAGCCCUGCGCAGGCUGAGGUGGUGUGGCGCCGCGGAAGCACGCAACUCCGGUCCGGCAAACGCUUCCAGAUGGCGGCUGCGGGGACUCAGCGCUCGCUCACGGUGUCGGGCCUGCGGGAAGAGGAUGCAGGGGAAUACGUGUGUGAGAGCCGCGACGACCACACCAGCGCCAUGCUCACCGUUAUCGUACCCCGCGUGGUCAAGUUCACGUCUGGGCUGAGUGCGGUGGUUGCGGAGGAGGGGUGCGAGGCCACUUUCCAGUGUGUGGUGACCCCCAGCGACGUGGCGGUCACAUGGUUCCGAGAUGGUGUCCAGCUACAGCCGGGCGAGAAGUUUCUCAUAUCGCAGAAGGGUGCCAGCCACAGCCUGACCAUCUUAAGCCUGGCCCUGGAGGAUGCCGGCCAGGUCACUGCAGAGGCUGAGGGCAUCCAGUCCACGGCUGCCCUCCGGGUCCGAGAGGCUCCAGUGCUGUUCAGAAAGAAGCUGGAGCCGCAGACCGUGGAGGAGCGGAGCUCAGUGACCAUGGAGGUGGAGCUGACGCGGCCGUGGCCGGAGGUCAAGUGGACACGCAAUGCCGUAGCACUCGCGUCGGGCGAGAAAGUGGAGAUCCACGCCGAGGGCGCACGUCACCGUCUGGUUCUGCACAGUGCGGGUUUCGCCGACCGCGGCUUCUACGGCUGCGAGACACCAAACGACAAGACGCAGGCCAAGCUGACUGUGGAAAUGCGCCAGAUCCGGCUCGUGCGGGGCCUGCAGGCCGUGGAGGCGCAGGAGCAGGGCACGGCCACCAUGGAAGUAGAGCUGUCCCACGCGGACGUGGAGGGCACCUGGACUCGGGACGGUCUUCGGCUCCAGCCGGGACCCAACUGCCAGCUGGCGGUGCACGGCCCCACACACACCCUCACGCUGUCACGGCUGCAGCGGCAGGACGGUGGCUUGGUGGCCUUCAGGGCGGAGGGCGUGCACACCUCUGCUCAUCUGAUGGUCACUGAGCUGCCUGUGAAGUUCAUCCGCCCUCUGCAGGACGUGGUGGCCACAGAGAAAGAAAAGGUGGCCCUGGAUUGUGAGCUCUCACGCCCCAAUGUGGAUGUGCGCUGGUUGAAGGACAAUGUGGAGCUGCGGGUAAGCAAGACCAUGGGCAUGUUGGCCCAGGGGGCCUGCAGAAGUCUCGUCAUUUACCGAUGUGAGUUUGGAGACCAGGGCGUGUAUGUGUGCGAUGCCCACGAUGCUCAGAGCUCGGCCUCCCUGAAGGUGCAAGGCCGGAAUGUGCAGAUCGUGAGGCCUCUGGAGGAUGUGGAAGUGGUGGAGAAAGAGGGCGCCACCUUCUCCUGUGCGGUCUCCCAUGAUGAGGUGCCUGCACAGUGGUUCUGGGAGGGCAGUAAGCUCCGGCCCAGUGACAACGUGAGGAUCCGCCAGGAAGGAAGGACAUACACUCUCAUCUAUCGGAGGGUCCUGGUGGAAGAUGCAGGGGAAAUCAAGUUUGUAGCAGAAAAUGCGGAAUCGCGAGCCCAGCUCCGAGUAAAAGAGCUGCCCGUGUCCAUCCUCCGCCCGCUGCGGGAUAAGAUCGCGAUGGAGAAGCACCGCGGCGUGCUCGAGUGCCAGAUGUCCAGGGCCAGUGCCCAGGUGCGGUGGUUCAAGGGCAGCGUGGAGCUGCACCCUGGAGCCAAGUACGAGAUGGUCAGCGACGGCCUCUACCGCAAGCUGGUCAUCAACGCCGUCCAGCCCGAGGACGAGGACACCUACACGUGUGAUGCCGGCGACGUGAAGACCAGUGCACAGUUCUUCGUAGAAGAGCAGUCCAUCGUGGUUGUGCGGGGCCUGCAGGAUGUGACGGUGAUGGAGCCGGCACCCGCCUGGUUCGAGUGUGAGACCUCCAUCCCCUCGGUGCGGCCCGCCAAGUGGCUCCUGGGAAAGACAGUGCUGCAGGCGGGGGCUGACGUGGGGAUAGAGCAGGAGGGCACGGUGCAUCGGCUGACGCUGCGGCGCACCUACUCCACCAUGACCGGGCCAGUGCACUUCACCAUCGGCAAAUCACGCUCCACCGCCUCCCUGGUGGUCUCUGACAUUCCCGUGGUGCUCACACGGCCCCUGGAGCCCAAGGUGGGGCGGGAGCUGCAGUCCGUCGUCCUGUCCUGUGACUUCAAGCCUCCCCCCAAGGCUGUGCAGUGGUACAAGGAGGAGACGCCCCUGGCGCCAUCCAGCAAGUUCAAGAUGAGGCUCGAGGGCCACAUGGCAGAGCUGCGUAUCCUGCGGCUCACCCCUGACGAUGCUGGUGUCUACCGGUGCCAGGCCGGCAGCGCCCAGAGCAGCACGGAGGUCACUGUGGAAGAACGGAAGGUGACAGUGACGCAGCCACUGGAGGACGUGGAGGUUCCGGAGGAGGGCCGUGCCUGCUUCUCCUGCGAGCUGUCCCACGAGGACGAAGAAGUGGACUGGCUGCUCAACGGGACACCGCUGUACAACGACAGCUUCCACGAGAUCACCCACGAGGGCCGCCGCCACACACUGGUGCUGAAGCGGGUCCGGCAGGCUGACAGGGGCACCGUGCGCAUCUCCUCCCCCAAGGUUACGGCCUCUGCCCACCUGGCGGUCAAAGGGAAGCCGGUGGUAUUCCUGAAGGCGCUGGACGAUGUGUCUGUGGAGGAGCGGGGCACACUGGCCUUGCAGUGUGAGGUCUCUGACCACCAAGCCCACGUGGUGUGGCGGAAAGAUGGGGUGGAGUUGGGCCCCAGUGACAAGUACGACUUCUUGCACUCGGCGGGCACACGAGGCCUCGUGGUGCACAGCCUGACUCGGGAUGAUGCUGGCCUGUACACCUGUGACGUGGGCACUGAUGAGACUCGUGCCCAUGUCGGCGUGCAUGAGCUGCAUGUGGGCAUCACCAAGAGGCUGAAGACAGUGGAGGUGCUGGAGGGCGAGAGCUGCAGCUUCGAGUGCAUCCUGUCCCAUGAGAACACUGGCGAUGUGGCUGAGUGGACAGUGAGCGGGAAAACAGUGGGCAGCUCUGGCCGCUUCUGUGCCACGCGCCAGGGCCGCAAGUACACUCUAGCUAUCCGAGAUGCCGUGCCAAGUGACGCUGGGGAGGUGGUCUUCUCUGUGCGGGGCCUCACCUCCAAGGCCUCGCUCAUUGUCAAAGAGAGGUCAGUUGACAUUAUGAAGCCACUGGAAGACCAGCAGGCCAUGCUGGGUGAGGAUGUGGUGCUGAGGUGUGAGCUGUCGCGGGAGGGGACCCCAGUGCGCUGGCUGAAGGAUGGGAAGGCCAUCCGCAAGAGUCAGAAGUAUGACCUGCUCACUGAAGGCACUCGGGCCUCGCUGGUCAUCCAUGCGGCCUCACUCAAAGACUCGGGCAAAUACACGUGUGAGACGGAGUCUUCCAAAAGCACAGCCAGUCUCCGAGUGGAAGAAAAGGCAAACCGGUUCACGGAGCCGUUGGCUGACCUGCACGUGGAGGAGAAGGGCACAGCCACGUUCACCUGCAAGACGGAGCGGCCCGCGGUCUCAGUGGUCUGGCGCAAGGGCCUCACAGAGCUGCAGGCCUCGGGGAAGCAUGCGCCCAGCCAGGAGGGCCUGACCUUGCGGCUCACCAUCAGCGCCCUGGAGAAGGCAGACAGUGACACCUACACCUGCGACAUUGGCCAGGCCCAGUCCCAGGCUCGGCUCCUGGUGAAAGGCCAGAAAGUGCUCAUCACAGAGGACUUGGAGGACGCAGAGGUGCAGGAGGGCUCCUCGGCCACCUUCUGCUGCCGUAUCUCCCCUGCCGACUACAAGCCUGUCCACUGGUUCUUGGACAAAACGCCCCUGUCUUCCAAUGAACUCAAUGAGAUUGAGGCCCAGCCCGGCGGCUACCAUGUGCUGACCCUGCGGCAGCUGGCACUCAAGGACUCAGGCACCGUCCAUUUUGAGGCAGGUGACCAGCGAACCUCAGCUGCCUUGCAGGUCACAGAGAAGCCAAGUGUCUUCUCCCAGGGGCUCACGGAUGCCACAGUCACAGAGGGGGAGGAUCUGACCCUGGUCUGUGAGACUUCCACCUCCGACAGCCCUGUGUGCUGGACCAAGGAUGGGAAGCCCCUGCGGCCAUCGGCCCGGUGCCGGCUGACCUAUGAGGGCCGCCGGGCCCAGCUGGUCAUCACUGAGGCCACCCUGCAGGACAGCGGGCGCUACAAGUGUGAGGCUGCGGGCGCCUGGAGCAGUUCCAUUGUCAGGGUCCAUGCUCGGCCAGUGCAGUUCCGAGAGGGCCUGAAGGACGUGGAGGUGCUGGAGGGGGGCGCUGCCACGCUGCGCUGCGUGCUGUCAUCCGUGGUCAGGCCUGUGGAGUGGCGGCGUGGGGAUGAGCUUCUGCAGCCUGGAGGCAAGUACGGCUUGCGACAGGACGGGACCGUGCUGGAGCUGGUGGUGCGAGACCUGCGGCCUCAGGACAGUGGGCAGUACUUCUGCAGUUUCGGGGACCAGAAGACGUCGGCCAGGCUCACCGUAAAGGCUCUGCCUGCUGAGUUCAUAGGAAGACUGAGAAGCAAGGAGGUCACGGCAGGGACCACGGUCACAUUCCGCUGUGAGCUCAGCAAGGAAGCCCCUGUGGAGUGGAGGAAGGGGCCCGAGACCCUCAGAGCCGGGGACAGAGUGAGCCUGAGGCACGACGGGGCCGUGUGUGAGCUGGAGAUCCGUGAGCUGACCGUGGAGGACGCUGGGGAGUACUCGUGCGUGUGCGGGCAGGAGAGGACCUCAGCCACGCUCACCGUCAGGGCUUUGCCUGCUGAGUUCACAAGAAGACUGAGAAGCAAGGAGGCCACAGAAGGGACCACGGUCACUCUGCACUGUGAGCUGAGCAAGGCGGCCCCCGUGGAGUGGAGGAAGGGGCCCGAGACCCUCAGAGCCGGGGACAGAGUGAGCCUGAGGCAGGAGGGAGCCGAGUGUGAGCUGGAGAUCCGUGAGCUGACUGUGGACGAUGCUGGGGAGUAUCUGUGUGUGUGUGGGCAGGAGAGGACCUCAGCCACCCUCACCGUCAGGGCCCUGCCUGCCAAGUUCAUGAAGGGUCUGAAGAAGGAAGAGGCCGUGGAAGGGGCCACAGCCAAGCUGCGCUGUGAGCUGAGCAAGGCGGCCCCCGUGGAGUGGAGGAAGGGACCCGAGACCCUCAGAGCUGGGGACAGAGUGAGCCUGAGGCAGGACGGGGCCGUGUGUGAGCUGGAGAUCCGUGAGCUGACCGUGGAGGAUGCUGGGGAGUACUCGUGCGUGUGCGGGCAGGAGAAGACCUCAGCCACGCUCGCCGUCAGGGCCCUGCCUGCCAAGUUCACAAAAGGUCUGAAGAAGGAAGAGGCCGUGGAAGGGGCCACAGCCAAGCUGCACUGUGAGCUGAGCAAGGUGGCCCCCGUGGAGUGGAGGAAGGGGCCCAAGACCCUCAGAGCCGGGGACAGAGUGAGCCUGAGGCAGGAGGGAGCCGUGUGUGAGCUGGAGAUCCGUGAGCUGACCGCGGAGGACGCUGGGGAGUACUCGUGCGUGUGCGGGCAGGAGAAGACCUCAGCCACGCUCACUGUCAGGGCCCUGCCUGCCAAGUUCACAAAAGGUCUGAAGAAGGAAGAGGCCGUGGAAGGGGCCACAGCCAAGCUGCGCUGUGAGCUGAGCAAGGCGGCCCCCGUGGAGUGGAGGAAGGGGCCCGAGACCCUCAGAGCCGGGGACAGAGUGAGCCUGAGGCAGGAGGGAGCCGUGUGUGAGCUGGAGAUCCAUGAGCUGACCGUGGAGGAUGCUGGGGAGUACUCGUGUGUGUGCGGGCAGGAGAAGACCUCAGCCACGCUCGCCGUCAGGGCCCUGACCGCCAAGUUCACAAAGGGCCUGAGGAAGGAGGAGGCCACAGAAGGGACCACAGUCACGCUGCGCUGUGAGCUGAGCAAGGCGGCCCCCGUGCAGUGGAGGAAGGGGCCCGAGACCCUCAGAGCCGGGGACAGAGUGAGCCUGAGGCAAGAGGGAGCUGUGUGUGAGCUGGAGAUCCGUGGCCUGACCGUGGAGGAUGCUGGGGAGUACUCGUGCGUGUGCGGGCAGGAGAGGACCUCAGCCACGCUCGCCAUCAGGGCCCUGCCUGCCAAGUUCACAGAAGGUCUGAAGAAGGAAGAGGCCAUGGAAGGGGCCACAGCCAAGCUGCGCUGUGAGCUGAGCAAGGCGGCCCCCGUGGAGUGGAGGAAGGGGCCCGAGACCCUCAGAGCCGGGGACAGAGUGAGCCUGAUGCAAGAGGGAGCUGUGUGUGAGCUGGAGAUCCGUGGCCUGACCGUGGAGGAUGCUGGGGAGUACUCGUGCGUGUGUGGGCAGGAGAGGACCUCAGCCACGCUCGCCAUCAGGGCCCUGCCUGCCAAGUUCACAAAGGGUCUGAAGAAGGAAGAGGCCAUGGAAGGGGCCACAGCCAAGCUGCGCUGUGAGCUGAGCAAGGUGGCCCCCGUGAAGUGGAGGAAGGGGCCCGAGACCCUCAGAGCCGGGGGCAGAGUGAGCCUGAGGCAGGAGGGAGCCAUGUGUGAGCUGGAGAUCCAUGAGCUGACCGUUGAUGAUGCUGGGGAGUACUCGUGCGUGUGUGGGCAGGAGAAGACCUCAGCCACACUCGCCGUCAGGGCCCUGCCUGCCAAGUUCACAAAAGGUCUGAGGAAGGAAGAGGCCGUGGAAGGGGCCACAGCCAAGCUGCGCUGUGAGCUGAGCAAGGCGGCCCCCGUGGAGUGGAGGAAGGGGCCUGAGACCCUCAGAGCUGGGGACAGAGUGCGGGUGAAUCAGGAGGGAGCCGUGUGUGAGCUGGAGAUCCGUGAGCUGACCGUGGAGGAUGCUGGGGAGUACUUGUGCUUAUGUGGGCAGGAGAAGACCUCAGCCACACUCGCCGUCAGGGCCCUGCCUGCCAAGUUCACAGAAGGUCUGAAGAAGGAAGAGGCCGUGGAAGGGGCCACAGCCAAGCUGCGCUGUGAGCUGAGCAAGGCAGCCCCCGUGGAGUGGAGGAAGGGGCCCGAGACCCUCAGAGCCGGGGGCAGAGUGAGCCUGAGGCAGGAGGGAGCCGUGUGUGAGCUGGAGAUCCGUGGCCUGACCGUUGAUGAUGCUGGGGAGUACUCGUGUGUGUGCGGGCAGGAGAGGACCUCAGCCACGCUCGCCGUCAGGGCCAUGCCCGCUCGGUUCAUCAAAGAACUGAAGACCAAGGAGGCUACAGAAGGGGCCACAGCCACGCUGCGCUGUGAGCUGAACAAGGCAGCCCCCGUGGAGUGGAGGAAGGGGCCCGAGACCCUCAGAGCCAGAGACAGAGUGAGCCUGAGGCAGGAGGGAGCCGUGUGUGAGCUGGAGAUCCAUGGCCUGACCGUGGAGGAUGCUGGGGAGUACUCGUGCGUGUGCGGGCAGGAGAAGACCUCAGCCACGCUCGCCAUCAGGGCCCUGCCUGCAAAGUUUGCAAAAGGUUUGGGAAAGGAAGAGGCCGCGGAAGGGGCCACAGCCAUACUGCACUGUGAGCUGAGCAAAGUGGCCCCCGUGGAGUGGAGGAAGGGGCCCGAGACCCUCAGAGCCGGGGACAGAGUGAGCCUGAGGCAGGAGGGAGCCGUGUGUGAGCUGAAGAUCCAUGAGCUGACCGUGGACGAUGCUGGAGAAUAUUCAUGUGUGUGCGGGCAGGAGAGGACCUCAGCCACGCUCACCGUCAGGGCCCUGCCUGCCAAGUUCACAAAAGGUCUGAGGAAGGAAGAGGCCAUGGAAGGGGCCACAGCCAAGCUGCGCUGUGAGCUGAGCAAGGCGGCCCCCGUGGAGUGGAGGAAGGGGCCUGAGACCCUCAGAGCUGGGGACAGACUGCGGGUGAAUCAGGAGGGAGCCGUGUGUGAGCUGGAGAUCCGUGAGCUGACCGUGGAGGAUGCUGGGGAGUACUCGUGCAUGUGUGGGCAGGAGAAGACCUCAGCCACACUCGCCGUCAGGGCCCUGCCUGCCAGGUUCACAAAGGGUCUGAAGAAGGAAGAGGCCGUGGAAGGGGCCACAGCCAAGCUGCGCUGUGAGCUGAGCAAGGCGGCCCCCGUGGAGUGGAGGAAGGGGCCCGAGACCCUCAGAGCCGGGGACAGAGUGAGCCUGAGGCAGGAGGGAGCCGUGUGUGAGCUGGAGAUCCGUGAGCUGACCGCGGAGGACGCCGGGGAGUACUCGUGCGUGUGCGGGCAGGAGAGGACCUCAGCCACGCUCGCCGUCAGGGCCCUGCCUGCCAAGUUCCUGAAGGGUCUCAGGAAGGAGGAGGUCACGGAAGGGGCCACAGCCAAGCUGCGCUGUGAGCUGAGCAAGGCGGCCCCUGUGGAGUGGAGGAAGGGGCCUGAGACCCUCAGAGCCAGGGACAGAGUGCGGGUGAAGCAGGACGGGGCCGUGUGUGAGCUGGAGAUCCGUGAGCUGACCACGGAGGAUGCUGGGGAGUACUCGUGCGUGUGCGGGCAGGAGAAGACCUCAGCCACGCUCACCGUCAGGGCUCUGCCUGCUGAGUUCAUAGGAAGACUGAGAAGCAAGGAGGCCACAGAAGGGACCACGGUCACUCUGCACUGUGAGCUGAGCAAGGCGGCCCCUGUGGAGUGGAGGAAGGGGCCCGAGACCCUCAGAGCCGGGGGCAGAGUGAGCCUGAGGCAGGACGGGGCCGUGUGUGAGCUGGAGAUCCGUGAGCUGACCGCGGAGGACGCUGGGGAGUACUCGUGCGUGUGCGGGCAGGAGAGGACCUCAGCCAUGCUCGCCAUCAGGGCCCUGCCUGCCAAGUUCACAAAAGGUCUGAAGAAGGAAGAGGCCGUGGAAGGCGCCACGGUCACUCUGCACUGUGAGCUGAGCAAGGCGGCCCCCGUGGAGUGGAGGAAGGGGCCCGAGACCCUCAGAGCCGGGGGCAGAGUGAGCCUGAGGCAGGAGGGAGCCGUGUGUGAGCUGGAGAUCUGUGAGCUGACCGCGGAGGACGCUGGGGAGUACUCUUGUGUGUGCGGGCAGGAGAGGACCUCAGCCACGCUGACAGUCACGGCCCCACAGGUGGUGUUCCGGAAGCCGCUGCAGAGCCUGCAGGCUGAGGAGGGUACCUCGGCCAUCCUGCAGUGUGAGCUCUCCGAGCCUGGGGCCGCUGUCGUCUGGAGUAAGGGGGGCCUGGAGGUGCAGGCUGAUGGGUGCCGGGAGCCGCGGCAGCGGGGCCACGUGGCAGAGCUGGUGCUGAGGGGCUUGCGCCGGGAGGACACAGGGGAGUACACGUGCAGCUGCGGCUCCCAGACCACCAGCGCCACCCUCUCCAUCACAGCUGCGCCCGUGAGGUUCCUCCGAGAGCUGCAGGCCCAGGAGGUAGACGAGGGCGCGACGGCUCGUCUGCGCUGUGAGCUGAGCCGGGAGGGCAGCAGCGUGGAGUGGCGCAAGGGCUCCCUGCAGCUCUUCCCGUGUGCCAAGUACCAGAUGGCACUGGAAGGCACAGCCGCCGAGCUGCUGGUGCACGGGGCCGAGCAGGAGGACGCUGGCCUCUACACCUGCGACACGGGCCACGCGCAGAGCACCGCCAGCCUCUCUGUCCGGGCCCCCAGGCCCGUGUUUAAGAUGGAGCUGCACAGUGCCGAGCAGGAGGCAGGCGGUGUGGCCCGGCUUUGCUGCCAGCUCAGUGAUUCGGAGGCUGGGGCCCCCGUGCUGUGGCUCAAGGAGGGUGUGGAGCUGCACAUGAGUCCCAAGUAUGAGAUGCGGCGCCAGGGGGCCAUGUGUGAGCUGCUGAUCCACGGGCUUGAGGCCAAGGACGUGGGCGAGUACAGCUGCAUGGCGGGCAGCCAGAAGACCUUGGCCUUCCUCAAAGUCAAAGAGCCUGAGGUGACCAUCGUGCGGGGCCUGGUUGACACCGAGGUCCAGGCUGAUGGGGAAGCAGAGUUCAGCUGCGAGGUGUCACAGGCUGGCGUGGAUGCAGAGUGGCGCCUGCAGGGCCUGCCGCUGCAGAGCAACGAGGUGACCGAAGUAGCGGUGCAGGGUGGCCGCACCCACACACUGCGGCUGAAGAGUGUGACCCUGGAGGACGCUGGCACUGUCUCCUUCCACGUGGGCCGCCACACGUCCUCUGCCCAACUCACCGUCCGAGUUCCUGAGGUGACCAUCCUGGAGCCCCUGCAGGACGCUCAGCUCAGCGAGGGCCAGGACGCCCACUUCCGGUGCCGACUGUCGAGGGCGUUGGGCCAGGAGGCCCACUGGGCCCUGGGAGGCGUGCCCCUGCAGGCCAACGAGAUGAACGACAUCACGGUGGAGCAUGGCACACUCCACUUGCUCACCCUGCACAAGGUGACCCUUGAGGACGCUGGAACCAUCAGUUUCCAAGUGGGCUCAUGUCGCUCAGAGGCCCAGCUGAAGGUCACAGAGGCAGCACCGUGCCUGGUACGUGGCUUACAGAACGUGGACGUCUUUGCGGGGGAGGUGGCCACGUUCUCCUGCGAGGUGUCCCGUGCAGGUGGGCCGGAGGCCCACUGGUGGCUGGAUGGGACCCUGCUGCAGGACGGCCCUCAGAGUGCCAUCUCCGUGCGUGAUGGGACCGUCCACUCCCUCACGCUGUCAGGCCUGGGGGUGGCUGACUCAGGCACCGUCACCUACCGAGCAGGGUCCCUGGUCUCCAGGGCCAAGUUGUUGGUCAAAGAUCCCACAGUGGAAGUGGUCAGUGCCAUGCGGGACCUGGCAGUGGAGGAGGGCGGCCCGGCCGAGCUCCUCUGCCAGUACUCACGGCCCGUGCAGGCCACGUGGAAGAUGGACGAGCAGGCGGUGUGUGCGGACGGGCACCGUGUCGUCAUAGAGCAGGACUGGACCGUGGCCAGGCUGUCUUUCAGGCCGGCCUUGCCCUGUGACAGCGGCAUCUAUUCUUGCGAGGCCGCGGGCACCCGCGUGGUGGCCCUGCUGCAAGUGCAAGCCAAGAACACAGUGGUGAAGGGCCUGGAAAACGUGGAGGCGCCCGAGGGCGGCGAGGCACUGUUCGAGUGCGUCCUGUCCCAGCCGGAGGUGGCCGCCCACACCUGGCUGCUGGACGAUGAGCCCGUGCGCACCUCUGACAAUGCCGAGGUGGUCUACUUCGAGAACGGCCUGCGGCACCUGCUGCUGCUCAAAAACCUGCGGCCACAGGACAGCUGCCGCGUGACCUUCCUGGCGGGGGACAUGGUGACGUCUGCCUUCCUCACCGUCAGAGGCUGGCGUCUGGAGGUCUUGGAGGCGCCCCAGGAUGUGACCGUGCGUGCCGGGGGGCAGGCCAGCUUCAGCUGCACCCUUAGCGAGACGGUGCCCGUGGGCGAGGCGACUUGGUACAUAAACGGAGCCUCCGUGCAGCCCGAUGAUGCGGACUGGACCGUGGCUGCCGACGGCAGCCACCACGCCCUGCUGCUGCGCCGGGCCCAGCCGCGCCACGCCGGCGAGGUCACCUUUGCUGCUCACGAUGCUGUUGCCUCCGCGAGGCUCACUGUCCUGGGCCUCCCCGACCCCCCAGAGGACGCAGAGGUGGUGGGGCGCAGCAGCAGCUCCGUGACGUUGUCCUGGGCGGCCCCCAUGAGCGAUGGCGGAGGGGGUCUCCGUGGCUACCGGGUGGAGAUGAAGGCGGCAGCCACGGGAGAGUGGCAGCUGUGCCAGGAUCUGGUGCCCGGGCCUGAGUGUGUGGUGGCUGGCCUGGCCCCUGGGGAGACCUACCGCUUCCGUGUGGCUGCAGUGGGCCCGGUGGGUGCUGGGGAGCCCGUGUACCUGCCCCAGAUGGUGAAGCUCGCAGAGCCCCUGGAGCCCAGACCUGCAGCCCCCGCCCCUGAGAGCCGGCAGGUGGUGGCCGGGGAAGACGUGUGCCUGGAGUGUGAGGUGGCUGAGGCGGGUGAGGUCGUCUGGCUGAAGGGGACGGAGCGCGUCCAGCCGAGCGGGCACUUCCAGCUGCUCCGCCAGGGCCAGCGGCAGGUGCUGCUGAUCCGGGGCUUCUCCGCAGAGGACCAGGGAGAGUACCGCUGCGCCCCUGCGCGGGACUCAGCCUCUGGGUCAGCUGCUGCUUUCCAGGUGGUGCUGAGCCCAGAAUCUGGGGAGGAGGGCCCUGCUCAGCCCAGCCUGCCCCCUGAGGCAGCCCAGGAGGGCGACCUGCACCUGCUGUGGGAGGCGCUGGCCCGGAAGCGCCGCAUGAGCCGCGAGCCCACGCUAGACUCCAUCAGCGAGCUGCCCGAGGAGGACGGCCGCCCGCAGGGCCCACGGCAGGAGGCCGAGGAGGCCGCGCCUGACCUCUCAGAGGAGUACUCCACGGCCGACGAGCUGGCGCGCACGGGCGAGGCCGACCUCUCGCACACCAGCUCUGACGACGAGUCCCGUGCAGGCACGCCUUCGCUGGUUACCUACCUCAAGAAGGCUGGGAGGCCCAGCACCUCGCCACUGGCCAGCAAGGCUGGGGCCCCAGCAGCCCCCUCUGGGAAGCCGCAGGAGAAGCCACCUGCAGUACGCCCACCACCAGGAGACCUGAGUGCUGGGGACCUGGGUGACCCGGCCUUGGACCAGGCCGCAGUGAAGAUCCAGGCGGCCUUCAAGGGUUACAAGGUCCGGAAGGAGAUGCAACAGCUGGAGGGGCCCGUGCUCCGCUGCACGUUUGGGGACACCGUGGCACAGGUGGGAGACGUCCUGCAUCUGGAGUGUGUCGUGUCCAGCAAGACAGACGUGCGCGCCCGCUGGCUGAAGGAUGGCGUGGAACUGACGGACAGCCGGCACCACCACAUCGACCAGCUUGCAGACGGCACCUGUUCUCUGCUGGUCACUAGCCUGGGCCGGGCCGACGCUGGCCGUUACACCUGUCAGGUGAGCAACAAGUUUGGCCACGUGGCCCACAGUGCCAAUGUGGUGGUCAGUGGCACGGAGAGUGAGACCGAGAGCUCCUCCGGGGGUGAGCUGGAUGACACCUUCCGCCGGGCCGCCCGGCGGCUGCACCGCCUCUUCCGCACGAAAGGCCCGGCGGAGGUCUCGGACGAGGAGAUCUUCUUCAGCGCUGACGAGGGCAAGGCAGAGCCUGAGGAGCCUGGGGACUGGCAGACGUACCGCGAAGAUGAGCACUCCAUCUGCAUCUGCUUUGAGACGCUGGCGGAGGCCCGCCGGGCAGCCAGCCGCUUCCAGGAGAUGUUUGGCGUGUUGGGCAUCCGCGUGGACGUCAGCCUGUCUGAGCUGGGACCGCGCAGGGUGGAGAUGCGCAUUGGCAAGGUGGCACCCCCCCCUUCAGCCCCGCUGGAGCCAGUGCUGACGGCAGAGGCUGCCCCGGUAUUCCUGACCGAGCUACAGAAUCAGGAGGUGCUGGAUGGGUACCCUGUGAGCUUCGACUGUGUGGUGACAGGCCAGCCUGUGCCCACUGUGCGCUGGUUCAAGGAUGGGAGGAUGCUGGAGGAGGACGACCACUACAUGAUCAGUGAGGACCAGCAGGGCGGCCACCAGCUCAUCAUCACGGCGGUGGUGCCAGCAGACAUGGGUGUCUACCGCUGCCUGGCCGAGAACAGUGUGGGUGUGUCCUCUACAAAGGCAGAGCUCCGUGUGGACCUGACCAGCACCGACUAUGACACCGCUGCGGACGCCACGGAGACCUCGUCCUACUUCAGCGCCCAGGGCUACCUGUCCAGCCGGGAACAAGAGGGCACAGAGUCUACCUCAGAGGAGGGGCAGCUGCCCCAGGUCGUGGAGGAGCUGAAAGACCUGCAGGUGGCCCCCGGCACGCGGCUGGCCAAGUUCCAGCUCAAGGUGAAAGGCUACCCCACGCCUCGACUCUACUGGUUCAAAGAUGGGCAGCCCCUGACCGCAUCCGCGCACAUACGUAUGGCGGACAGAAAGAUGCUGCACACCCUGGAGGUUGUCUCGGUCACCAGCGAGGAUGCAGGCCAGUACUCGGCCUACAUCAGCAACGCCGUGGGUGCCGCUUACUCCUCGGCUCGGCUCCUGGUCCGAGGCCCCAAUGAACCAGAAGAGAAGCCAGCAUUAGAUGCACGCCAGCAGCUGGUCCCACCCCGGUUCCUGGAGAAAUUCACCUCCAAGAAGGUGAAAAAGGGUUCCAGCAUCACUUUCUCCGUGAAGGUGGAAGGAAGCCCACCGCCGGCUGUGCACUGGCUGCGGGAGGAAGCCGAGCAGGGUGUGCUGUGGAUCGGCCGCCACACGCCCGGCUACACGGUGGCCAGCUCCGCCCAGCAGCACAGCCUGGUCCUGCUGGAUGUGGGCCGGCAGCACCAGGGCACCUACACCUGCAUCGCCUCCAACGCUGCCGGCCAGGCCCUCUGCUCCGCAGGCUUGCACGUCUCUGGCUUGCCUAAGGAGGCAGGGGCCACGGAGGAGCAGCCAGAGGUGAAGGAGGCCCUCAUCUCCACCUUCCUGCAGGGGACCCAAGCUGUUGCUGCACAGAUGUCAGAACCUACAGCUUUCAUGGACCUUGCUGGGCAGAAGAAAGCAGAGCUCCUGGCAGCAGAGGCCCGUAGCCACCUGUCCUUGGCCGAGGUGGGCACGGAGGAGUUCCUGAAGAAGCUCACUUCGCAGAUCACUGAGAUGGUGUCGGCCAAGAUCACACAGGCAAAGCUGCAGGUGCCUGGAGUUGACAGUGACGAGGAGUCAAAGACGCCAUCCGCAUCCCCCCGGCAUGGCCGUUCACGCCCGUCUUCCAGUGUCCAGGAGUCGUCCUCAGAGUCUGAGGAUGGGGACUCCCGGGGAGAGAUCUUUGACAUCUACGUGGUCACGGCUGACUACCUGCCCCUGGGGGCUGAGCAGGAUGCCAUCUUGCUGCGGGAGGGCCAGUACGUGGAGGUCCUGGACUCUGCCCAUCCCCUGCGCUGGCUCGUGCGCACCAAACCCACCAAAAACAGCCCCUCUCGGCAGGGCUGGGUGUCCCCGGCUUACCUGGACAAGCGGCUCAAGCUGUCUCCUGAGUGGGGGCCAGCAGAGGCCCCUGAGUUCCCUGGGGAGGCUUUGUCAGAGGACGAGUACAAGACGAGGCUGAGUGCCAUCAUCCGGGACCUGCUGAGCUCAGAGCAGUCCUUCGUGGGCGAGCUGCAGUUCCUGCAGAGCCACCACAUGCAGUACCUGGACCGCUGCCCCCACGCGCCCGCAGCCGUGACCAGCCAGAAGGCAGUCAUCUUCCGAAACGUGCAGGACAUCGGCCACUUCCACAGCAGCUUCUUACAGGAGUUGCGUAGCUGUGACACAGAUGACGACGUGGCCAUGUGCUUCAUCAAGAACCAGGCAGCCUUUGAGAAGUAUCUGGAGUUCCUGGUGGGCCGAGUGCAAGCCGAGUCGGUGAUGGUCAGCACUGCCGUGCAGGAGUUCUACAAGAAAUACACUGAGGACGUGCUGUCAGCUGCAGACCCCUCGCAGCCACCACCCCCACCACUGCAGCACUUCCUGGAGCAGCCGGUAGAGCGGGUCCAGCAAUACCAGGCCCUGCUCAAGGAGCUGAUCCGAAACAAGGCACGGAACGGCCAGAACUGCGCGCUGCUCGAGCAAGCCUACGCGGUGGUGUCGGCCCUGCCGCAGCGAGCGGAGAACCAGCUGCACGUGUCACUCAUGGAGAACUACCCCGGCACUCUGGAGGCCCUGGGCGAGCCCAUCCGCCAGGGCCACUUCAUCGUGUGGGAGGGGGCGCCGGGUGCGCGGAUGCCAUGGAAAGGCCACCACCGGCACGUCUUCCUGUUCCGGAACCACCUGGUGGUCUGCAAGCCCCGGCGGGACUCCCGCACCGACACCUUCAGCUACGUCUUCCGGAACAUGAUGAAGCUGAGCAGCAUCGACCUGAACGACCAGGUGGAGGGCGACGACCGGGCCUUUGAGAUCUGGCAUGAGCGGGAGGACUCCGUGCGCAAGUACCUGCUGCAGGCACGGACGGUCAUCACCAAGAACUCCUGGGUGAAGGAGAUCUGUGGCAUCCAGCAGCGCCUGGCCUUGCCCGUCUGGCGCCCCCCCGACUUUGAAGAAGAGCUGGCUGACUGCACAGCUGAGCUGGGUGAGACAGUCAAGCUGGCCUGCCGUGUGACGGGCACACCCAAGCCCAUUGUCAGCUGGUACAAAGAUGGGAAGCCAGUGGAGGUGGACCCUCACCACAUCCUCAUUGAAGACCCCGAUGGCUCGUGUGCGCUUAUCCUGGACAACUUGACUGGCGCUGACUCUGGCCAGUACAUGUGCUUCGCAGCCAGCGCUGCUGGCAAUGCCAGCACCCUGGGCAAAAUAUUGGUGCAAGUCCCGCCUCGGUUUGUGCACAAGGUCCGGGCAGUGCCCUUUGUGGAUGGAGAAGAUGCCCAGAUCACCUGCACCAUCGAAGGGGCCCCAUAUCCUCAGAUCAGGUGGUACAAGGAUGGGGUCCUGCUGACCCCUGGGGGCAGAUACCAGACCCUGAGUGAGCCCCGCAGCGGCCUGCUGGUGCUGGAGAUCCGGGCAGCUGGCACGGAGGAUCUGGGCACCUAUGAGUGUGAGUUGGUGAACUGGCUGGGCUCCAAGCGGAGCCGUGCGGAGCUGCUCAUGCAGAGCCCCGUGCUGCAGGCCCGGGAUCAGCACCGCACGGAGCGGCUCGCGGCCGUGGAAGAUGCUGCUGCCCCAGCCCCAGCUGCCCCAGGGCAGGGAGGCACAUCCAUCCAGAGGACACAGACAUGCCCUGAGGCUCCAGGACCUUCCACAGGGGACCACAGCAGCCCCAGCCCCAGCCCUGGGGGGCUGCAUCCGGAGCCCCCAGCUGUGGAGGCUGGGGCUGCAUCCGGUGAGGCCUGGCAGCAGGUUGAAGGCGAGCCUCCGAAGGCGCCUCAGCCUCACUCCCCCAAGGGCCUUGAGCAGACGGCUCAGGCACACGCUGAGGCCCCAGAACGCACAGUGCCCAUCCGGAUGGAGGGCACUGCCUGGCCAGGAGCAGGUGAGCUCUGGGACGUCCACAGCCAUGUGUUCACGGAGACCACACACAGGACGUACGUGUACCAGACCAGCGACACGCCUGCUGCAAGCCCCCCGUCCAUGCAGGUCACCAUCGAGGAUGUGCAGGCCCAGAGCGGCAGUACGGCGCAGUUCCAGGCUGUCAUCGAGGGCAACCCACAGCCCACAGUGAUCUGGUACAAGGAUGGCACCCAGCUGGGAGCUGACCCCCGGCUCAGCCAGCAACAGGAAGGAACCACCUACUCCCUGGUGCUUAGGGACGUGGCCCAGCACGACGCGGGCGUCUACACCUGCCUGGCCCACAACCCUGGCGGCCAGGUGCUGUGCAAGGCAGAGCUGCUGAUCCACGGGGCUUCCCCUUCCCUGGCUACACGGGACAGUGAGCCCAGCUCUAGGAGGAAACUGCACUCCUUUUAUGAGGUCCUGGAGGAAAUUGGAAGGGGUGUGUUCGGCUUCGUGAAGAGGGUGCAGCACAAGGGCAACCAGAUGGCCUGUGCUGCCAAGUUCAUUCCGCUGCGGAGCAGCACGCGUGCCCAGGCUUAUCGCGAGCGGGACAUCCUAGCAGGCCUGAGCCACCCGCUGGUCACUGCGCUGCUGGACCAGUUUGAGACGCGGAAGACCCUGAUCCUCAUCCUGGAGCUGUGUUCGUCGGAAGAACUGCUGGACCGCCUGUUCAAGAAGAGUGUGGUGACUGAGGCCGAGGUCAAGGUCUACAUCCAGCAGCUGGUGGAGGGGCUGCACUACCUACACAGCCAAGGCAUCCUUCACCUGGACAUAAAGCCCCCCAACAUCCUGAUGGUGCAUCCUGCUCGGGAAGACAUUAAAAUCUGUGAUUUUGGCUUUGCCCAAAAAAUCACCCCGGGAGAGCCACAGUACAGCAAGUAUGGCUCCCCUGAGUUUGUGGCCCCCGAGAUCAUCGAACAGACCCCCGUGAACGAGGCUUCCGACAUCUGGGCCAUGGGGGUCAUCACCUACCUCAGCCUGACCUGUUCAUCCCCAUUUGCUGGAGAGAGUGACCGAGCAACGCUUCUGAAUGUCCUGGAAGGGCGGGUGUCCUGGAGUAGCCCCAUGGCCGCCCACCUCAGUGAGGAUGCCCAGGACUUUAUCAAGGCUGCUCUGCAGAAGGCCGUGGGGGCUCGGCCCAGUGCUGCCAAGUGCCUCGCCCACCCCUGGUUCUGGAAGUCUGUGCCCGCGGAGGAGGCCCACUUCAUCAACACCAAGCAGCUGAAGUUCCUCCUGGCCCGCAGUCGCUGGCAGCGCUCCCUGAUGAGCUACAAGUCCAUCCUGGUGAUGCGUUCCAUCCCGGAGCUGCUCCAGGGCCCGCCCGACAGCCCAUCCCUCGGGAUUGCCCGGCACCUGCGUGGCGAUGCCAGCGGCUCCUCCAGCAGCUCCUCCUCCUCUGACAACGAGUUGGCCCCGUUCGCCCGGGCCAAGUCGCUGCCAUCCUCCCCGGUGACCCACUCCCCGCUGCUGCACCCCCGGGGCUUCCUGAGGCCUUCGGCCAGCCUGCCUGAGGAGGCCGAGGCCUGUCCACCAGCCGCAGCCUCAGCUCUGCCUGCAUCGUUGCAGGGCGAGGAGCCAGCAGCUGCCCUGGGCUGUGUGCCCCGGCAGAGCGUCAUCCGAAGCCUGUUCUACCAGCAGGUGGGCGAAGGCCCAGAGCUAGGGGGCCUGUCCACAGGGGGCAGGCGGCACCCCGCCCGCCGGCGGCACCUUCUCAAGGGUGGCUACUUCUCGGGCAUCCUGCCGGGACUUCGAGAGCCACUGCUGGAGCACCGGGCACUGGAGGAGGCGGCUGCCAUGGAGGAGCGGGCUGCCCUGCAGGCCACAGCAGCCCCCUUGGAGACGGCCGUGCCGAUGCCCAGAGCAAGCCCCCAGGAGGCCUCUGGCUCCCACCGCUCCCUGGACCGUGACCCACCGAACACUGCCAGUUCCUCCACCAAGGCCUGCAGCAAGGGGCAGUGUCCCGCUCCGGCUCCCCUGAGUCCUCAGGAUGCCCAAGGAGAGGGCAUGCCUGGAGGGGGUGCACGUGCCAGGGAGAAAGAGCAUCCAGAGGGGACCCCGCAGGGGCUGAGACUGCCAUCUGCCAGUAGUGAUGGGUGCUCCGCUCAGCCAGAGGCGUUGUCCCAGAACCGCUGUGGAGGGCAGGCUGCCCCUUUCUCUCAGCCCCAGUGGGUCCCUGCCCCCCAGGACAGUGGCCCCCCUGAGGCCUUGGCACCACAGCCUCCUGGCUCCUUCCCUUCAGGGCCCUGCACAGAGGCCCUCUUGUCAUCCCCUAGCCCUUCCUUCCCAGGAAAGCUGCAGGCCUGUCUGCCCCCCGCCCAAGCAAGCCCCCAGGUAGACUCUCAGAGCGUGCUGAAGGCCGUCCCUCUCACCAAGAGGCCUGGAUCACCCAGACCCCUAGAGCCAGCCUCCCAGAUGGGCACGGAGCCUAGCCCCUCUCUGGAUGCUGAAGGCCUGGUCCAGGAGACAGAGGACUUGUCCCAGUCUUCACCCAGCCUACAGCGGCCUCAAGAGCAGGCGACCACACGGAAGUUCUCCCUGGGGAGCCGUGGGGGCUACGCAGGGGUGGCGGGCUACGGCACCUUUGCCUUUGGAGGGGACGCCGGUGGAAUGCUGGGGCAGGGCCCCAUGUGGGCCAAGAUGACCUGGGCCGUCUCUCAGUCCUCAGAGGAGCAGGACGAGGCAGAGACCGAGAGCCCACCGCCCCAGGCUAGCACAGUGCCUGCACCCGAGGGCGAUAGAACCCUCCCGAGGACCUCCCAGGAGUUGGGCUCGUGGGAAGACUUCAGUGGGGGCUCUCAGGUGUCACUCGUACAGAUCCAGGACCUGUCCAGGGACCCAGAAGCAGCAGACACAGUGUCCCUGGACAUCUCAGAGGUGGAUCCUGCCUACCUCAAUCUGUCUGAUCUGUAUGAUAUCAAGUAUCUCCCAUUUGAGUUCAUGAUCUUUAGGAAGAUCCCCAAGUCAGUGGAGCCGGAGCGUCCAUCCUCCCCUGAGUCUGAGGCUGGGGAGGAGCUGGCUGAGCUCCCAGAGGCUGCGUGGCCCUGGCCAGCCAGCCUGGAGAUCACAGAGGAGCCAGAGGACAUGGAGGCCCUGCUCGGGAAAGCUGCCGGCGGCAGGAAGCGCAAGUGGUCACCCCCUUCCGGCAGGCUCUUCCACUUCCCUGGAAGGCACUCACUGCUGGAAGAGCCCACAGAGCUGGGGCUACGCCAGAGGGUGAAGGCCUCGGUGGCCCACAUCUCCCGCCUCCUGAGAGGCAGGCCUGAAGGUCUGGAGAAGGAGAGUCCUCCCCGGAAGAAGGCAGGUCUCGCUUCCUUCCGCCUGAAGAGCAAGGACCGAGCCCCGUCGUUCCUAAGGGAGCUCUCGGAUGAGACGGUGGUCCUGGGCCAGUCUGUGACUCUGGCCUGCCAGGUGGUGGCCCAGCCAGCCGCACAGGCCACCUGGAGUAAAGAUGGGGCUCUGCUUGAGAGCAGCAGCCGCCUCCUCAUCUCCUCCACGCUCAAGAACUUCCAGCUUUUGACCAUCCUGGUGGUGACUGCUGAGGACCUGGGCGUGUACACAUGCAGCGUGAGCAACGCGCUGGGGACGGCAGCCACGACGGCCGUCCUCCGGAAGGCAGAGCGCCCCUCUUCCUCACCACGGCCGGACAUCGGGGAGGUGCGUGCGGACGGGGUGCUGCUGGUCUGGAAGCCUGUGGAGUCGUACGGCCCUGUGACGUACAUUGUGCAGUGCAGCCUGGAAGGCGGCAGCUGGAGCACGCUGGCCUCGGACGUCUUUGACUGCUGCUACCUCACGGGCAAGCUUUCUCGGGGUGGGGCAUACACCUUCCGGACGGCCUGCGUCAGCAAGGCGGGCAUGGGCCCCUACAGCAGCCCCUCGGAGCAGGUCCUCCUGGGAGGGCCCAGCCGCCUGGCCUCUGAAGAGGAGAGCGGUGCAGCGGGGCCGGCCCGGCCCCUCCCCAGCAUGCAGACCUUCGCCUUCCAGACGCAGAUGAGAAGGGGCCGCUUCAGCGUGGUGCGGCAGUGCCGGGAGAAGGCCAGUGGGCGCGUGCUGGCUGCCAAGAUCGUGCCCUACCACCCUGCAGACAGGGCUGCCGUGCUGCAGGAGUACGAGGCCCUCAAGGGCCUGCGCCACCCACACCUGGCGCAGCUGCAGGCUGCCUACCUCAGCCCCAGGCACCUGGUCCUCAUCUUGGAGCUGUGCUCCGGGCCUGAGCUGCUCCCCUGUCUGGCCGAGAGGGACUCCUACUCGGAAUCAGAGGUGAAGGACUAUCUGUGGCAGAUACUAAGUGCCACCCAGUACCUGCAUGCCCAGGGUAUCCUGCACCUAGACCUCAGGUCGGAGAACAUGAUUGUCACAGAGUAUAACCUGCUCAAGGUCAUCGACUUCGGAAACGCCCAGAGCUUGGCCCAGGAGAGGGUCCUGCCCUCAGAGAGAUUCAAGGACUACAUGGAGACGAUGGCUCCGGAGCUCCUGGAGGGCCAGGGCGCUGUCACGCAGACUGACAUCUGGGCCAUAGGUGUUACAGCCUUCAUCAUGUUGAGCGCUGAGUACCCGGUGAGCGGUGAGGGAAUGCGAGACACGCAGAAGGGCCUGCGCAAGGGGCUCAUCCAGCUGAGCCGCUGUUAUGCCGGGCUGUCUGGGGGUGCUGUGGCCUUCCUGCGAAGCACACUGUGUGUGCACCCCUGGGUCCGGCCGUGUGCGUCCAGCUGCCUGCAGAGCCCGUGGCUGACGGAGGAGGGCCCAGCCAGCUCCCAGCCUGCGGCAGUGACCUUCCCAACCACUGGUCUGCGCGUCUUUGUGCGAGAGCGGGAAAAGAGGCGGGCACUGCUGUACAAGAAACACAACCUGGCCCAAGUGCGCUGAAGCCCUGGCCCUUCAGGGCCCCGCCUCCCGGUCUUUCAGGACUCCCUGCAUAUGCACGCACACGUCAAUAAAAAGCAGCAGCGGA